ACACCAUAUAUGUUUAGUCGAAAUUGUCCCCAUGUUGAAAAUUAAGUGAUUACAGAAAGCGUACUGGGGUCCUUUGUGUGUUGACGGAAAAUCUGAGAGGGCCUAUUCAGACCACGUUAGAAUAUUUGCAGUUUAAGCUACGCUUCAUUUUCCCCAUGAAUUUGGAUCUUUCCAACUGGAAUAACGUGAAGAAUAUCGCAUACUAGUGAACAGAACGCUUUCAUCGGACAACCGAAAACACCAUGCAAUGAGCUCCCCGGCCAUUCAAUAAGUUUAGUCACUCGAUCCCACUGUCUUCAGCUAGCUAGCUAACAUUAGCUUAGCUAUCUAGCUAACGUUAGAAUACAGACGUCGAACAUUUUGGUUGUGCUCAAAUAUUUACCUGGUAGCUAUGACAUCCUCCAUGGUAGUCCCUGUUAUUGAUGUGCAGAAUGAUAAUUUCAAAGAACUGUGGCCUGCUAUGGUCCUUGCAAUCAAGACGGCCUCCUUCAUUGCACUGGAUACGGAAUUGAGUGGCCUUGGAAAUAGAAAAGCUUUGCUGGCAGAAUGCAUAGAGGACCGUUACAAAGCCAUAUGCAAUGCAGCUCGCACACGCUCCAUUCUCUCCCUUGGGUUUGCUUGUUAUAAGAAACUUGAAAACAAGGAUGAUGAUACGUACCUUGUGCAGGUGUACAACCUGACAUUGCUCUGCAGUGAGGAGUACGUAAUUGAACCACAGUCCGUGCAGUUUCUGGUGCAACAUGGAUUUGACUUCAACAAACAAUAUGCUGAAGGUGUCCCUUAUCUCAGGGGCAAUGACAGGAGAGUGGAUGCCCAUGGAAUGAACAUGAGGAUGCUGUUUGUGGAACUCCUACGGGCUCGCAAGCCUUUGGUGCUGCACAAUGGCUUGAUUGACAUGGUGUUCCUUUAUCAGUGCUUCUAUGCCCAACUGCCAGAUAAACUAGGCACGUUCACUGCUGACUUGUCCCAGAUGUUCCCUGCUGGGAUCUAUGACACCAAGUACGCUACAGAGUAUGAGCUGCGCUUUGCUGCCUCUUACCUGGAGUAUGCCUACAAGAAGUGCAAACUGGACAACAGCAAGUCGAUUGAGGCUGGUGGUGGGGGACGCCAUCUGUUCCUGGAGUUCUGCAAAUACUCAGCGCCCCUGAGCAACUAUGUGGACUAUAGGCCCUGUCUAGCUGGGUUUAGCCCGGAUGGACUUCUCAAUGUCUGCCAGCGCUUCUCUGCUUAUGGUUGGUGCCCCAAUGGGUCACAGUGUCCCUUGUCACACGACACUGACCUCAUCAUCCAGCACGAUGAAAAGGAAAAGAAAAAGAAACGGAAGAGGAAAAGAAAGAACUCUUCUCAGGGGAAAGUUGAAGGUGCCCCCAAGAGCAAGCAGCCCCAUAUGGAGCUAAAGCAGGACCAGGUGAUCCCUGACAAAGACACCAAACCUCCCCCUCUCACAGAGCUGGUAGAUGGGGCUCAGGCACAGAUACCAGAGAGCGAUGAGAAGAUGGAGACUAAGGUGGAGACUAAGGUGGAGGAAGGCAACGGAGUCAGAGAGCCACAGGCUGUGUCUGCAGAUGAGGAAAUGAAGACAGACAAAGAGGUGGAAAGAAAUGGAGUGUCAGAGCCACAGCCUCUGGCCACACCGGAUGCAGAGAAGAAAGAAGAGUCCAAGAGGAAGAAGCUGGAGGGAGGUACCCACCGGGCAGGGUUUGACGCAUUCAUGACGGGCUACAUUUUCUCCUAUGCUGCCACUUUGACAGAGAGAGUAGGUAAGCCACCGAGCGCCGAGUCCUGGCUCCCAGAGUGUCUGAACAAGGUUUACCUCAGUGGCAAGUCUGUCCCGAUGCAGAUCGUCAAGAGCACAUUCUCCAAGUCCUUCAAGGCUCACUUGCACAAGAUGGAUGUCGUGUGGGGGAAGGGUGUGGUUAGCAAAGUAGAGGGAACGGUAUAAAGAUUAAAUGGAACCAAACCUAUUCCUGGUUUAUAAUAAAGCCUUUUUAGUUAAAGUACUUCGCUGUACAUUUUAGUUUAAUUUCAUGCAGUAUUGUUUCAAUAAAGGCUUUUCCUUGGUUAUGACAGA